GGUUACACUGCGAGUCGGGUCGGGCCAGGUAGGCUCCGGUUACUAAAAUGGGCGGGGAAAAGUGCCCAGGAUCCCCUCCGUAGCGUACUACACGUCAGCCCAUUUCGCAGGAGUGGCCUAUCUUGCUCUGCUCUAAGAUCUUUGGUACAGCCCACACACACACCCUCAUCGAGGUGCACCUUGUUUAACUAGUCCCUGCAUUAGCAGCACCAAGCCACUGCAGAUUGACAACUGCCGAUUUCUGCAAAAGAAAUAGCAGAACAGUAAAACUGGGAUGCAGAACUUAAACAACUUGUGGCUGCAAUGUUUUUUUUUUACAUAGAACUGCUGCUCAAAUUCGCGGUUAAAAGAGACUGCCAGUCAUUUCUGAAACUUCUGUAACGACUGAGUACAACCCAGACGGUUGCCCGGACUUACAGGGAUGGAGUUGCCUCGUUCGACUUCUUUGAAGAUUGCAAAGUUUCUGAUAUUCUCUCUGAUUAUCUCGUUUGAGACGUGUAUCGCUCAAAGGAAGGUGAUAUUACCAGAAGGGCCCCUUUAUCGAGCCGAAGGGCGUCAUGUCACGAUUGAGUGUGAGGUGCAGGGAACACAGCCGUCGCAAGAGCAGAGCUUCGAGUGGUCUGUCACCCUCCAGGAGAAGCCUUCGUGGGCCGUCCAGAUCAUCAGCACUCAUGAUCCUGACUACACGUACGCCAUGUACGGUCAAAGAGUGGAGUCUGGGGAGAUCUACGUGGAGAGAAUCACAAGCAAGUCUGUGCGGCUACACAUCACCAACCUGCGGAAGAGCGAUGAAGGGGAGUACAAGUGUCAAACUCCCAACAUGGAGGAGAUAUACUGGGGAUCUUACAAUGCAAUCACUAAGUUAACAGUUAUUCCAGAUACACUGAAUGCAACAUUGGUGCCUCAGGUCAUCAAUAAGGUGGAAGGCGAUUCGCUGGAGCUGGUCUGCGAGGUAUCCAAAAAAACGCCGUACCACACGCAUGUGGCCGUCACGUGGUACCUGGAGAAGGGAGGUCAGGAAGUCCAGGUCAUCUCUCUAACGCGAGAUUUCAUCCUGAGCGCAGGAGAGCUGUACAAGCAACGGCAGGAGUCGGGAGACGUGAGAUUGGACAAGAUGGGUGCCACCUCGUUUAGGCUCACCGUCCACAGGUUACAGAGGUCCGAGCAGGGGCUGUUUUACUGCCAGAGUGUGGAGUGGAUGCAAGACCCAGACAAAUCCUGGCAGGAGCUGUCUGAAAGGCGGACGCACAAGGUCACUGUCAAUGUCAGAAGCCUGGGUAAGGAGUUUCGUUCUCUUAUUAAAGCCAAGGAAGUGAAUAUUAAUGUUGGAGGCUCACUGGAGAUUACCUGCAUGGUGGAAGCUCAGAAUCCUGCAGAGCGAUUCUUCACGGUGGCCUGGUUCCUGAACAAUGAUGAGAUAGUCCGUAUGGAACCCAAUGCAGUCCUGUCCUUCCACGGUGAAUACGGAGCGAGGGAGAAUUUGGGAAAGUUGGCUGUCAGGAAGAAAGACGACAAGGAAUACGUUCUGAAACUGUACCAGAUUAAAAUGGAGGACGGUGGGAGAUAUCACUGCCAGGUGGAGGAGAGUGAGAAAGUUACAAUGGGAGCGUUCUCAUCCAACAGGUCCGAGGAGAUUGCAAUCACUGUGCAAAGGCCACAGGCCGACCUUAAGGUGGAGAUCAGCAUUAGUGGGACGAACAUUUUAGAAGGGGAUGUUCUUCAGUUUGCCUGCAACGUUCGUUCGGGGGCCACAGUGCCUGGGCAGCUUUCUGUUAUUUGGCAGUUCAUGGACAAACACAAGGUGAAGAGCGAUAUAAUUGAGAUGCAGCAGAAUGGUGUCCAAGUCACUGCUCCGCCCUACCGUGAGCGGGUUGGUCACGGAGAAGUCCGGAUGGCCAGAGUGGGGUCCGAUACUUUUACGUUGGGCAUUUAUGAUGCCAGGAUUUCAGAUGAAGGAAUGUACUCUUGCAAAGUGAUGGAAUGGACAGCGAUGCCCAACCAAAACUGGAAACUAAUCGGAGAUUAUGUCAGCAGUGAUAAGACAGUGACGAUUAAAUCUCUGGAAAGCAUCUUUAAAGUCAUUGCCAUAACCCGCACGCCAACUGCAAGAUACUACGGUACAUUUGAACUGCAGUGCUUCAUCCAGCCGCCAAUCAUCAAUCACCUCCCAAUUGACGUGACGUGGAAAUUUCAGCCGGCUAAUUCGAACGAGAGCUUCCACCUCGUGACUUUCAGCCACGACACAGCGAUCGAGUGGGGAGACAAGGCAGUGAGCUUCAAAGGGAAAAUGAUAGUUGCUAAAACAGCAUCCAACACGGUCCGCUUGCGUGUGUCCAGGGUCAGCAGCCUGGAAGCUGGCAAGUUUCUGUGUGACGCAGUAUUGUGGAAAAGACAACGGCCGGACCAAUGGGUCAGGGUAGUCAGCGUGACGUCAAACAUCCUGCAGGUGGUGGUUCAGGCCCCAGUAAGCCGUUUGCAGCUCGCACAAGGGGACACAACUAUAUAUAAAAGGGUUAGCGACGUCAUUGAACUUGAUUGUAAAAUCUUUGCUCAAACCCAGAAUGAUUCCCAGUUCUCAGUCUCAUGGAUCUUCAUAAAGCCACAAGGGCAGAAGGAGAUAACUCUUCUGAACAUCGAUCGCAACAACAUCAUUCAAUACAACGAGGAAUUGCGAGCCAGCGAUCAGGAGGGGACGAAGAUGCGGGUUGAGAAGACUUUGCGUGAUCUUUACAAACUAAUUAUAGGGAAAGCUGAAUUGACCGAUCAAGGGAAUUACUAUUGUGCGGUCACAGAAUGGCUACUAGACCCCAACAAUGUUUGGUAUGAAGUGGGCAAAGUCGUGUCGGCAGUGACCACCGUACAAGUACAUACAUCAGAUGCCAAUCUACAAGUCGCUGACACGAACAGGUCUGAGUCACUCAAGGAGGAUGCGGCCUUUGAACUCGAGUGCGUUAUCAACAACCAAACGCAGGCAAGCUCUCAGUUCUCCGUGACGUGGUUCUUCCAAAGCCAGGGGCAGCCCAAGGCAUCUCGGAGAGAGCUGCUCCGUACAGAUCGCAACAACAUCCAGCGUUACCGUGGGAACCUCACGGCUGAUUCCCACAAGUCGACACUGCAAAGUGUGAAGGUUUCCAGCAAUAACUAUAAGCUGAUCAUGAGCAGCGUGGCGCCAGGUGAUAGUGGCGUCUACUAUUGCAGUGUGGAGGAAUGGGUCACAAACGGCCAGAAUCAAUGGGCUCUUCAAGGAAGCGAUGAAUCCGGAAGAACAACCCUUCAUGUCCAUCCUUCAGCUGUUACACUCCACACCAAAGCCUGUGCCUCUCCAUCACUCUUCUACUUCCUAUUUGUCUACCCAUUCAUCAUCAUCAUAGCUCUCCUCGCCCUCGUUGUCUACUUUUACCUGAACCCGAAAAAGCCGCAGAAAUCUUCUCAAGAAAAUCAUUUUUGGGCACCGAUUGAACCCAUCACUGACGAUCUGAAAAAUGAAGAGGAUACAAGUGUGAUAUGACGCACUGGAUGAAUGGUCUUUGUGCCACUCUGUUGUGGACGAAGUGUGUCAUUAAAUGAUGGCCAAAUUAUAUGUUGCUCAGGAGAAGUUCACACAAGUGCCCAACAAAAUCCGCAACUGAAGCUACCCACUCAACUUAAAUGUCGGUUGGCUUCAUUUAAAGUUGGCAUUCACAACUCUUGCCAAAUGAGGAUUGUUUAAAUUGUUUAAAUGAAUCUUCACUGGUUGAAAGUUCAUCUUCGUUCCAAAGCUGAAGAAGAGUCAGAAACUGAAGAAAGAUCCCGACAGGAAAUGUUGCCUAUCCAUUUUCCUCCACACAUGCUGCCUGACCUGCUGAGUUCCUCCAGCGCUUUGUGUGUUGCUCAAGACUCCAGCAUCUGCAGCUCUUUGUGUCUACCCUUCCAAUUCAUUCCCUUCCCGUAUUUUAUCUGUAUAAUUUGUUCCGUGUAAUUUUAAUUGUGCAUUUUUAGACACAAACUAAACCAGUCUGAAGAAGGGACGUCGCCUAUCCAUGUUCUCCAGAGAUAGCAAAACGUAGAAAAAUAGGUGCAAGAGUUGGCCAUUCGGCCCUUCGAGUCAGCACUGCUAUUCAAUAUGAUCAUGUCUAAUCAUCUAAAAUCAAUACCCUGUUCCAGUUUUUUCCCCACGUCCCUUGAUUCCUUCAGCCCUAAGAGCUGAAUCUAACUCCCUCUCUCUUGAAAGAUGCUGCCUGACCCGCUGAGUUACUCCAGCACUUUAUGUUUUAAUCAAUAUUCCUGCAUCUGCGGUUCCCUGUAUCGCCGUUGUGGUUUGGCAUAUCGCCACUGUGCUGAGGCCAGGCGCCAACUCUUGGACAGCUACCAGGCCAUCAUGUACCUGGCACAAAUACCAGGCCAUCAUCUCCAAGACCCUUAAGGGGCCGCAGAUGGGUCCUAGUCCGAAAAGUCGCCGAUUCAUUCCCUGCACAGAUGCUGCCUGACUCACUGAGUUCCUCCAGCAUUUUGUGUUUUACUCGAUACCAGCACCUGCAGUUCUUUGUGUCUACAGCUUCGCUCAUGAUUGCUUAAUCAAUUUAAUCUUAUUAUUGCCAGUAUUAAACGUUCUUCCGUUCGAACAACCACUUCCUAAAUUGAAAUCGUGUGACUUGGUUUUUGCAAAUAAAUCUGUUUUGCUGUACCUCAGUCCUUUCCAUGUACUACCCCAAAUUGUAUAUACUGUCAUAUACACAAUACAGAACAAGUCAGUAGAUGAUAUGCUAAAAGUGAAUGCUUUAAAUUGCCCCUAGUGUGUAGAUAGAGAGCGGAUAACAUAGAACUAGUGUGAACAAUUGAUCGAUGUUCAGCGCGGACUCGGUGGGCUGAUUCCAAUCUGUAAAACUAAACUCAACUAAACUGAACUAAACUAGCAAGAUAAAGAAGUUCCAAUUGAUAAGAGACAAAUGCAGGACUCAUUACGGGGUUCUUGAGGCAACAAUAAAACUGUACACUGAUUUAUGAAUGAUAGAUGCAGCAUGGAAAUAGGCCCAAUGGCUACUGAGUCCACACCGAACAUCGAUCACCCGUUCACACUAGUUCGAUGUUUCCCACUAUUCUCAUCUACUCCCUAUACACUAGGGGCAAUUUACAGAGGGGCCAAUUAACGUACAAACCCACAUGUCUACACAGGCUGAGUCUAGAUGGGGAAAACUCCAUUUGUAUUUAAAUGGAUUUUGCACACUCUGGUUGAUAGAGACUUUAUGUAGACUGAAUGAGGAACCUGUUUUUUUUGUGUGUUUUUGUUGGUUAUAUAGCUUUAUUACUUUUUAAUACUUUUAUAUUUUUAUACAUAUGUUACUUUUACAAUGAGGAGAUAUUUGACUGAUUUAUUUUCAGCCCAUUGCUUUAAACCCGCAGAGAAUGAUAAAUAUGGAAAGGAGCGAUGCUUUGUCUUAAACCUUAGGGAUUGUAACAUCCAGUCCUACUAAUCAAUCAGAAUUAUAUAGCAUGGAAACAGGCCCUUCGGCCCACCAACUCCAUGCCGACCAUCCAUCACCCGUUCACACUAGUUCUAUGUUAUCUCACUUUCUCAUCCAAUUCCUGCACACUAAGGGGGCAAUUUACAAAAGCCAAUUAACCUACAAACCUACACAUCUUUGGGAUGUGGUAGGAAACCGGAGCACCCAGAGGAAACCCACGCAUUCACAGGGAGAAUGUACAAACUCCACACACAGACUUAGGGUGCCCAAGAUCAGGAUUAAACCCAGGUCUCUGGCGCUGUGAAGCAGUGGCUCUACCAGCUGUACGACUUCUGGAUGGUGCUUCAUUCUCGAAUACCGAUUCUUUGAUGCACUGACUGCUUCCCACUGUCCACAGCAAAAACCAGCCCCAUUUCUCCUCCCCACCCCCAUUGUCCUCCUACCAUCGACUUCCAUAAUCCACACAAUAGAUUUCUUCCACUAGAGGGGAGCGGUAGAGUUGCUGCCUUACUGCGCCAGAGACCCGGGUUCACUCCUAUCUACGGGUGCUGUCUGUAUGGAGUUUAUACAUUCUACCUAUGACCAGCGUGGGUUUUCUCCGGGUGCUCCGGUUUCCUCCCACACUUCAAAGACGUACAGGUUUGUACGCUAAUUGGCUUCAGUAAAAAUUGUAAAUUAUCCCUAGUGUGUAGGAUAGACUUAGUGUGCAGGAUAGUGUUAGUGUGCAUGGGUCGCUGGUUGGCGUAGACUCAGUGAACUGAAGGGGCCUGUUCCAAUGCGCUGUAUGUUUAAACUAAACUAAACUAAAAUGAGCUUUGCAAAGCUAUUUUUCCCCAUAUAAGGGCCUAAUACUAUCCGAUGUAGAAGCUUGUGCGAAAUGUCCUUGUACUAAAUUGGCAUGUUCCCACCCAUCUCAUCUCCAUUCUUCCACAAGCCUUUUAAAGGCAUCUUUUACCAGAAUCUUCAGGUUUGUAUCUUCAGAAUAGUUACAAAAGAGUAAUUAUAGUCUCAGAAGAAUACUAAAUGAACUCCUGAUAUCGUGACUUGCACCUGCAUCCAAAAAAAAUGAUACGUACGGUUGAUUUCUACUGAAGAACAUUCCAUUUUUGAAUUGUUUUUAAUUUAAAAUUUAUGAUUGUUUCUUGAGUUGUCAAGGAAGCACUGAUGUAAAAUGUUGUCUUGCAAUAAUAAAAUAAGAA